AAUAAGACUCACAGUCCACAUCCCCGUAUAGCCGAUGGUGAAAGUAUACAGAGGUUUGAAGCCCAUAACCUGGUCCAUAGAAGGGUAGUUGCGAAAGAGAUUGCCGAGUGGCGUAGCACGUCGAUAAGAUGUUAGUAAAUUGACAUUUCCAGUAAGAAUGGAUAACGGGCCUACAGCCCAAAAACCGUCAACGUCAUUUGUUGCAUUGAAACUGUCAGCGUUGUUUGUUGCAUUAGCCAUUGUCGCUUGUGUGAUUGUUGCUAUAAAACUGAAAGAGAAAUUUUGCAUUAAUUCAACAGAAUGCAUGAAAAGAAGCAUUCAUCCCCCUUUGCUGGUUCAUGCAAACCAGAUAUUCCAGCUGAUUUCUUCGGGGUUCUGCUUCGCCUAUAGCGACUGUCAAAUGGGUGGUUCUACAGAAAUAGUGGGAAUCAUUAUUAGGAAUAUAACAAUAAUAAUUGCCAACUUUUGUAUUCCAUCAAACUUGAUCUAUAGUGUAACCUAAAGGAUUAAUACAGCAUAGAUCCACAGUUUUAAAGUUAAUUUAACUGGGCUUAGUUUUUUUUACAUAAAUGUUAACUCUCACCAGAACAAGUCCUUGAGUUCCAUAUUCCAGUACUGACAUCUUUAAGUUAGCGAAAACUUGUCGGUAUAUCCACAUUUCUGAGGUGUGUUGAAAAGAAAAAAGGUGUCAUUGAU